AUGGUGGUGGGCGAUGGCAGCGCGCGGUGGGCGCUGCGAACGGCGUUUGUUUGCUUGCUCAUGGGCGUGCUUUCCCCGGAACGUCUGGAGCCAUGCGUGUCUAGUCCACUCUGCUCCUGCCGCGCUGCCCACAUGUCCUGCACAGCUGUACCAUUACAUAGGUUUCCAGAAUGGCCACAAAUAGAACUGCAGCACCUCGACAUAAGUAUGUCGAAUCUUGAAGUAAUACCCGAAAGUGCUUUAGACGGUUUGAAGCUUCAGACUUUGGUAUUAGUUGCAAAUAGAAUACACUACAUCGAGAUCCACGCUUUUAGCUCCAUGGCGAAUACUUUAGCAUCCUUAGAUUUAAGCUACAACGAAUUUACUGAAAUUCCAGAAAAUGGUUUGAAAGACCUAAAAGUACUUAAUUGGUUAAAUUUACAAAACAAUUAUAUAGCUGAGAUAAAUCCCGGCAUAAAAUGGCAUCAUUUGGAGGAUACUUUGACUAGUUUAUCUUUGAGUAAUAACCAAAUAACAGAGCUGAGGCCUCGGUCUUUUACAUUUUUAUAUCAUCUUCUACAACUAGAUUUAGAAGGAAAUUAUCUCCGUGUCAUAAGUUCAAAUUCAUUACCAUCAUCCCUAACAGUCCUUAAAUUAUCCAACAAUUUCCUACAUAAAAUAUCCUGUGAUUUAAUAUUUAAAUUGCCUAGGUUACAGAUGUUACAUAUAAGACAUAAUUGGAUAACUUUCGAAGUUAAUUCAUCAAAUGUAAAUAAUAGAACUAAGAAACUAGAAAAAUUAGAUUUAAGUAAUAAUAAUAUAAAUGACUCGACAGAUAUUGUUAUUUUUCGGGAAAUACAAAUAAGGCAAAUAAUACUAGAUCUCAACGAGUUGUCUGUGGUCCCAAGGUCGUUAUAUUUAAAUAACAGAGUGGAGAGACUUUCGAUAUCGUAUAACAAACUCAGUUCUAUUUACCGAGAAGUUUUUAUAUCUCUCAAAAAUAGUCUUGAACAUUUAGAGGUAGAACACAACAACUUAUCUCAUUUACCUGAUAGUUUGGCGCAGGUCUUGAGACUUCGACAUUUAUCGUUAGCUUACAAUCAGCUUGAAGAGUGUCCUCCUCUCCCGAGUCGUAUUCAAACGUUAUCAAUUGCUGGUAACUUUCUUACUUCGAUCCCUUCUGUACUUCAAACAUUAGAACCAGGUUCAAUUCGUUAUCUCGACUUAAGCUACAAUAGAAUAUCGAAUUUGUCACCGAAUGAAUUCCAAGACUGGUCUUCGUCUCUAGGGACUAUAAACCUGAAAGGAAACAGGAUUGCACAGAUUUAUAAAAACGUUUUCCCCGCUCACAUGCCGGUACGGGACAUUAACUUGAGCUUUAACGAUUUAUACUACAUACAUCCUCAUUCCUUUUCCAAUUUAACUGGCUCUUUACAUGUUUUAGAAUCUUCUGCUACACUUUUCAGUGGCUAUUUUCCGUUUGAGAUGAAUGACGGUUUAGAAAAUUUGAAUUGGUUAUCUUUUGACAACAACGACUUUCAUAUCCUAAAGUUAUCAGAAAUGUCCUUGUUUCAAAGUUUAAAGUACUUAAAUCUAGACUACAAUAGAAUCGUAGAAAUUAUUGUCGACGAGGAUGGUUACAACAUAUCGUUAUCUCUUAAUGAUGUGAGAAUAUCGUAUAACUUUAUAAGCCUUAUUCGGCCUAAAACCUUUUCACAAAUGCCCGAAUUAAGAAACUUAGAUUUAUCUUAUAAUCGUAUCAAUAACUUGACUAAGAACAGCUUUAACAACUUACCCAAUUUAAGAUAUUUAUCUCUUGCGGGAAACGUAAUCGACUCGAUAGAAGUAGAAACAUUUGUUAAUUUACCAAAACUAGAGAUACUAGAACUUCAGGGAAACAACUUAACGUAUUUGUCUCUUUACUCUUUAUGCAAUGUUUCCAAUGUUCUUGACACGUUUACACUUAAUAUAAGUCGAAACAAACUAGGCUCAAUUGAAGGGGACGUGACUAUUGCUAUAAAUAUUUUUGACGGAUCACAUAAUGACUUUCAUGAAGUGCCAAAUAACAUUUUUCUCGCCGCUGAAUCUUCGAUAAGGCAAAUUAUAUUAUCACAUAAUAAAAUUACUCACAUUUCUGGUGAUGUUUUUGGACAGUCCAUUUAUCUAGAGAUAUUAGAUUUACACAAAAAUAGAAUAAGCGUUAUAAAAAGAAAGUCAUUUACAGAUCUUAUAUCUCUGCAAAUAUUAGAUUUAUCGUAUAAUAGCAUUUUUCAAUUAUCUGUAGAACAAUUUUAUAACUUACGUAAACUAAGGUAUUUAAAGAUGGACCACAAUAAUGUUAGACUUCUUCCACGAGACGUUUUUAAAAAUACUGUUAUAGAGCAUUUGGAUUUAAGUUUUAAUGAAGUUUCCCUGUUCCCAGUAACUGCGCUCUCGCAAAUUGGAUUUACUUUAAGAUACCUGGAUUUAUCACAUAACAAGAUUGAAUAUUUGGAUAGCAACAUUUUUCGGAAUACACAAUUUUUAUCAAAUUUAAAUUUAGCUCACAAUUUGUUAACCGUUUUAUCCGAUAACACGUUUUUCUGUCUCGGAGUUUUGCGAAGCUUGGAUUUAAGCUUUAACUCUAUUAAAGCAAAUUUUAAAGAGCUGUUUCAUAACCUCCCCCAUUUAAGGCAUUUAAAUCUUGCAAGCAUAAGUUUAAAGACAGUGCCUUAUCUGCCUUUAACAAAUUUAACAAGUUUAAAUUUAACGUCGAAUUACAUAACAACUUAUAAAGAGUCUGACAUGAAGAGAUUAGAAAAUCUUCGACAUUUAGAUCUUAGUCAUAAUCGUCUCACCUCUUUAGUGCCAAAGAUGUGGAUCCAUUUAAGAAACUUAAACGUACUAGAUAUUUCAUAUAAUCCUAUCGUAAGAAUAACGCCAAAUAGUUUUAAGUCAUUAAACAACUUAUCAUAUCUUAAUUUGAACGGUCUUAAGUAUUUAGAUAUAGUUGAUCAAGAUUCUUUCCGUCCCUUAACAUCCUUACGAUCCUUGCGUAUCCAGACGUGGUCAGCAAUAAAUCAUUCAACAUUUCGACUAGCUAAUAUAACAUCAUGUCUCCCAUCUCUGUAUAAAUUGUCCGUGCAUUGGACCGACGAAGUUAUGAAUAACCAACUACAUGGAAUUGACGCUCGAAAAAUCAGAUACUUAGAAAUUAAAGGAUCUAAAUUAAGAAGCAUAGCAGAUGGAGCGUUUGAGCCAUUUAGUAGCAGUCAAGAGAUAUACAUUAGAAUAAGUGAGACGUCUUUAACAAAAUUACCUGCAACAUUUAUUAGACAUCUCUCCCAAGUUCCUCAAUUAGGAAUCGAUUUAAGCUAUAAUCAAAUAUCGAAGUUAGAUCCAGCUAUAUUUUACCCCAAUUUUACAAGUUGGAGUCACGUCGCUACAAAAUUACUUUCAGGAGGAUUAAUUCUAACGGGAAAUCCGUUGCGGUGCGAGUGUGAAUUGGCUUGGCUAGGCGCAUGGUUGCGACGAUGGUUGCAAGAGAAUGAGGCUAAUGGGGAAUUAAGACGAGCGGUCCGAAGUGCCACCUGCAAAGACCAGCUAGGGAGACCUGUUCCGCUCCUUCAAUUACGUGCCGACGAAGCCGAUUGUCACGCUAGUGCGCUGUCGAGUGAUGCACAGCCCAACUAUAGCAACGUCAUUUACACAUUUGCAGUCACAAUAUUGUUUAUUAUUCUUAGAUGA